CGCUCGGGUGGCGGGAGAUCUGACGUCACUUCCGACAGUCGCGCGGCCGCUUCUGGGUUCCCUCAGCUGCCGGCACGGAGCGGUGACAGCCGCAGCGCGGCGGGCGGAGAGAGACAGAGAGAGAGAGACAAAGACGGACGCGGAAGACAACGUUGUGGACGACACGGGGAGGAGGAGGAGGGGGAGGUGGUGGUGGUGGGGGGGGAUAGAGCAGAAAGCCGACGCGGCCAUGCGCGAGUCCUGAGGAGACGUCACGUGCGCUACCCACAAUCCCCCCCCGCCGCUGCGUGAUGGCGGCUACGCACGACACAGAGGCCGACGCGCUGAGUGGCGACACAAACUCGUCGGAGGGGGAGGGCGGCCUCCGCGCCGAGGUCGGCGUGGCCGGCGAGGUCGUCGGUGAGGUCGUCGGCGAGGAGGUCACGGAGUCCGCGCCAGGAGAGGGCUCGCGGAACGCCGACGCGGAGACGCCCGCCGCCGUCAACGGGGUCACGGCGGAGGGAGGGGAGUGCGCGCCCGACCUGGUCGACAUCAAAAUCAUUUACAACAAGGCCAAGUUCGAUGUGUCCGUGUCUCUGGACAGCACGGGCGCCAACCUCAAGAACACGAUCCACACUCUCACAGGCGUCCCGCCGGCGAUGCAGAAGGUGAUGUUCAAGGGGCUGGUGCGGGAGGAGCGUACGCUGCGUGACAUGAAGGUGACGAGUGGAGCCAAGUUCAUGGUGGUCGGCUCGACGCUGACGGACGUCCUCGCCGUCAACGCGCCCAAGGAGGUGGUGGCGCAGGAGACGCGGGCCGACGAGCCCAAGAAGGAGCCGCUCUGCCGGCAGAAGCAACACAGGAAAGUUCUGGACAAGGGCAAACCUGAUGACAUCAUGCCGGCCAUCAAGGGUACCAUGGAGCGGCUGCCGUCCGUGCCGCUGUCCGGGAUGUUUAACAAGUCCGGGGGGAAGGUGCGGCUCACGUUCAAGCUGGAGCAGGACCAGCUGUGGAUCGGCACCAAAGAGCGCACGGAGAAGCUGCCGAUGGGAUCGAUCAAGAACGUCGUGAGCGAGCCGAUCGAGGGCCACGAGGAUUACCACAUGAUGGCCCUCCAGCUGGGCCCCACGGAGGCCUCCUACUACUGGGUCUACUGGGUGCCCGUGCAGUACGUUGACGCCAUCAAAGACACCGUGCUGGGCAAGUGGCAGUUCUUCUGACCCCGCUCGACUGCUGCUCCUCCUCCGCCAUCUCCUCCUCAACCACCUCGAUCCUCUCCACCCACCGACGGACCGGACUACCCCCCCCCUGACCCCCCCCCCCCCCUACCAGUCUCAAGCCUUCAGCCCCUUCCGGCUGCCACCAAAAAUGGACUUUUAACGCUGAACACCAGCUGGUGGGGGGAGGAGUGCCUCUGUUAUAUUUAAUUUGUUGCGUUACUUUUUUAUGAUUUAUUGUUUUGAUGUUUGAUAUAGUAUUUGCCGAGGUUAUCGCCUAUUAAGUUAUCAAAAUGAUGAAACAUUAAUAAAAGGAAAGCAUCACCAUCUUUUUUGAAAGCAAUAUCUCGGUUGCUGCCGCACGCAGGCUGCCGCUGCCGGUUUUGAUAUACCGACGAACUCUGUGCACUAACGACGCCGACCACAGCGACCACGGCGACGGCUCCGACCACGACGAUGAUUACGAUGACGACGACGACGACGACGACGACGAUGCCCCUCAAGUGUUUUUGUGCCGCCGUUCGCGUUCCUACGAAGCCUCGCGUGGAGGGGCGACGCGGGGACCUCGGCACCCGGCCCGCCCGCCCGCCCGCCCGGCCCGCCCGGCCCGCCCGCUGACCUGGCUUGGCCACGCCUGCGGUUGACCAAGACGGGACGUGGCACGAACCGCGGGGGAUGCCGCAGAACUCUGGGAGAGGCCCCCAGUUUUGGGGUCGGGGGGCGGCUGUUGAAGAAGCGAUCGGGGUGGGGAAACCUCCCGCGGACGGAUGCAGCCGCAACCGGGUGGGGCACCCCCAGCGGCAGCAGCAGCAGCGACAGACGUUUGUUGCUCGAGCGGUUCCUCCUCUCUGCCACUGGGCGAUGAAGUUCAGCGUUUGCGUUUGUGGUUUUUUUCUCUCCCGGUGGUGACGACGAAUAAUAACAAAUGAAUAAAUAAAAAAAGGAACUGGACAAGGAGAA